AUGGGUUGUACAUGUUCAAAGAGUUCGACCAUAGAAGACUGUAGGAAAUGGAUCACAAACAAAUUAUCAUGUUGCACUAGGGCAUCAAAUCAAAAUAUUUUACAGUUGAAUUCCUCGAAGAUGGUUGAGGGUAUUCAGGUUAAAGAUAAGUCACUUGAUGAUUAUGAUGUGAAAGUUUCAUCAAUUGAUAAGAAAGACAAUGGUUCAGUUCAGCCAUAUGAUGAUCAAACUGGGAAGAAUAAGAUAGAGAAACCUGAAUUGACUAUUAUUGAUCAUCCUACUAUUGGAAGGAUUCCAAAGGCUGAAAAGGCAGAGCAAGUUUCAGCAGGAUGGCCAGAUUGGCUUUCUUCUGUUGCUGGUGAAGCUAUCAAGGGAUGGAUACUAAGGAGCGCAAAUACUUUUGAAAGGUUACAUAAAAUUGGGCAAGGAACUUAUAGUACUGUUUAUAAGGCACGUGAUGUGACUAAUCAAAAGAUUGUUGCGUUAAAAAAGGUAUAUUUUGACAGUCUUAACCCUGAGAGCAUCAAGUUUAUGGCUAGAGAAAUCCUUAUUCUUCGUAGGCUCAACCAUCCAAACAUAAUAAAGUUGGAUAGCUUGAUAACAUCAGAGACAUCCCACAACUUGUACCUUGUUUUUGAGUAUAUGGAACAUGAUCUUAAAGGACUUGCAUCAAAUCCUGCCAUUAAAUUCUCUGAACCACAGCUAAAAUGUUACAUGCAACAACUUCUUAGUGGAUUGGAUCAUUGUCAUAGUCAUGGUGUCAUCCAUCGUGAUAUAAAGGGAUCAAAUAUUCUCAUUGACAACAAUAAUGUCUUAAAGAUUGCAGAUUUUGGUUUGGCAAGUUUUUUUGACCCCCAUCAUAGUAUUCCAUUGACAAGUCGUGUUGUAACUCUUUGGUAUAGACCACCAGAACUUUUACUCGGAGCAAACCAUUAUGGGGUUGCCGUAGAUUUGUGGAGCACUGGUUGCAUAUUAGGAGAACUAUAUAGUGGCAGACCUAUAUUGCCAGGAAAAACAGAGGUUGAGCAGAUACAUCGGAUUUUCAAACUUUGUGGUUCCCCAUCUGAUGAUUAUUGGAUGAAAUUGCGAUUGCCACUUUCAACAGUUUUCAAGUCUCCACACCAUUAUAAGAGAUGUAUUGCAGACACAUUCAAGGAUUAUCCACAUGCUGCUGUGAAGCUUAUAGAGACUUUACUAUCUAUUGAUCCAACACACCGAGGGACAGCUGCUGCUGCUCUCAAAAGUGAGUUCUUUACAUUAGAACCUCUGCCUUGUGAUCCAUCAAGCUUACCAAAAUAUCCUCCUGGCAAAGAAAUCGACACCAAAUUGCAAGAUGAAGCAAAAAGAAGGCAGUGUUAUGCUGGAGAUAGGGAGAAAAAAAUUGACUCAAGAGUUAGACAAGUAUCAAGGGCACAUGUCACGUCAAAAGACAAUAUUGGUUCAAAAACAUCAAUGCAGCAAGUACAACGAUAUUCAUUUACAAAGAACCGAAGUGAAGUCUCCAACUCUCAUAGAGAAUAUGUGUCCAAACAACUAAUUUACCUACCUAAACAUUCAGAAGAUGCUAAAGAAAUCGGAAACAAUCAUUCUGGGCAUAUCCAUAGGAGGACUUUGCAUAUAGGUCCACUGGUUCAUGUUAGUUCUGAUUGGGCAACAGGUGAAAAUAAAAUUGAUGAUGAGCCUCUUAUUUCGCACAGAAUAGAUCAUAUGAAACUAUCUAGGCUAAUAGCAUCUAAGACUCAAGUCUAAAGAUUGGAAAGAAAAACUAGUUCUCUCACAAAAAUUUAUUGCAGAUCUCAACUGAAUAUAAA